GCGGCGCUGAUUAGCGAAUCCAGAAUCUCCUGGAUGAAAGCCCACUUGUGAUUCGCCCUGAGUAGACCGAAGUCCCUGUGGGCUGGAACGGGCCGGACUGAGAGGCGUGAGUAGGUACCCGGGAGCCAGAGAGCCAGGAAACCCAAGAGCCCACAGAAGCCCGGCGGUUCCUGCAGCACCCAGGACAGCUCAUCGGGCCAGGUGCCCAGGGCUGCAGCACUCAGCUGCCUCCCCCGACAUGGCUGGCACCGUGCUCGGCGUGGGGGCCGGCGUCUUCAUCCUGGCCCUGCUCUGGGUGUCGGUGCUUCUGCUGUGCGUGCUGCUGUCCAGAGCCUCCGGCGUAGCUAGGUUCUCUGUCAUUUUCGUGUUCCUGGGCGCUCUGGUCAUCACAGCAGUUCUGUUGCUGUUCCCCCGAGCCAGCGAAUUCCCAGCCCCCGAGGCUGAGAUGAAGCUUGUAGAUGCCUUUUUCAUUGGCCGCUAUGUCCUGCUGGCUUUCCUCACUGCUGUUUUCCUUGGAAGCCUCUUCUUGGUUCUAAUCCAUCACAUCCUGGAGCCAAUCUAUGCCAAACCACUGCGGACCUACUGAGCUGUCUUCAGGAAAACCAAGGCCCUGUUCUCCCACUCGCUUUCAUGUCACUGAUGAGCAGAAAAGCACUGUUCAGAGCCUUGUUUUGACAGCCUUCCUGACUUAAGAUCAGAGGAUCAUCUAUUCAUCACUAUGACAAAUCCCUUGAGUCCUGGCUUCCAGAAACAGGGUUGCAAAAUUGCCCCUGGGGAGAGAUUCUCACCAGCUUAAGAGGGAUAUUGCUGUCUUCUUAGCACCUGUAUCACAGGUUUUCCGUCUCUUUUGAAAAAGAAAUAGCAACAGGGAUCUCUUUAGAGUAGGUUUUCAAUCAAGGCAUCUGCAAGUGAAUUUCAGAAAAGGGAUACUUUGCCUUCCACUUUCCAAUAGACAGCAGAACUUGGUCCUUUUUGAUAUUAUGAAAAAUUCUUAGUUACAAGGUCAAGAUCAUUUGGGAAAGAAAGACACUCAACAUUCAAAAGCUUAUUUUAAUGUGAUGACCUGGAGACACAUCUGGGUGCUGGUUAAGGGGCUCUGUGCAUAUCAUGCCACUGGGCUCCACAGAGGCCAUGGGGUCACUUCCUGCUGCUCCAAAAAAGCAAGCAACAGCAGCCAAAGGACUGGCUUUCACCUCGAACUCCUGGCCACAGCCUUCUGAAUCUAGCAUUUCCAUAGUUCAGGUUUACUCGGGGAUUAGAGGCAGGGCAUGGAAACAUCGAUUGUGCGUCCUGCUGCUCUGUCUCUCUGGAUUCUUUUUCGUCCAGGAUUCAGCGGCCUUUGUUCCCUUAUUUGGUUACCGUAAAAGUCCAUUUUGGAUUAUUGUCAUCUCUUUCAUCCUUGUAGUUUUUCUCCAAAGCUGGUGGGGAAUGUAUAUUCGCAGGCUUAGAUAUAACUUUAUACCUAAGCCCCCAGACCAAGUGAAAUUUGUCAUUCAAUGGAGGGACUCUAGGCUGGUUCUGCUUUGGAAGCCUCAUCCUGGCUCCCUAGAUCUAUUUGAAGAAGGAUCUUCUGCUUAAAAUUAAGAACAGAAAACAAGUUGUAAAAAAAACUUUGAGUACAUGCUAUAUGUCAAUAACUAGUUUUUUUUUUUUUAACACGGAUGUAAAUGACAGGCUUGCGUGUUAAAUGCAAAAAUAUACUUUGUACAAAGGGUCUUUGUACAAAGCCCAGCCUGCCUUCUGUAGAUCCUGUAACUACCAGUGGUGGUGAUGUGAAUGAUGGGUCACUUUCUACCUUCAUACCCAAAGUAGUCACGUCCAACCCCAAAAAAACCCGCAGGGUUGGGAUGAGAAGUAGAAGUCUGGGAGGGCACAAAAUGAAUUUCACUGGGUUCUGCAUGGGGGACCCCCACAAUCCAUGGCUAACAUGGCACCCCUUGUGCUCAUGGCCUUCCUGGAGACAGGGCUUAGAGGGUAUCCCUCAAAUAGAAACAAACCAUCUCAGGGUCCCAUUCAUCGCUCUUUGACUAAUGGCCUUAGCGCAGGUUGUGCUACCCAGAGGGGAUCCUGUGGCAGAGAGGCUGUGAUGAUCCCACUGUUUGGAAGGGAGGGGGAGAGAGGGUAAAUCAGGGCUUCUGUAUAAGAAAACAGGUUAUUUCAUAGCCUCUUAAAAUUGCAUCCUGACAAAAACUGCAUCAGCAAGACACCACCCCCACAACGGAGACGUAUGUCUGAUACACUAGGUGGCGCUGUCUCAAGACGGCAGAACACGCUAGGUAAUUUUGACAAGUUCCUUCUAUUUCUCAUUUAUAAAAUAGAAGUAAAGCUAACAUUCUUUACUGAUGCACGGUAUCGGAUAUUUAAUCUAAAAAUUCAUCAUAGUUAUUGUACGCUGUUCAGCUGCUAGGGAGUACACUGCCACUCAUCCUUGCCACACACAGCAGGUGUCAGCACUCACUCAGCGUUUCCUGUGUGCCCACUGGGUGAGGCACGGUCCCGGUGGAGUAAAUCCAUCCAAGAACGAGGCUCUGAGGCAUCUAGGCUGCCUUCCUCACUCCAUCCUGGGAGGAAGGCGUCCAAAUCAUUUUUAAAUGUUUUUAUUCUAACAUAAAGUAAUCCAUUUCUUUUUCUGUUCUCUAAGACAUCGACUUUUCUAUCAACCCUAUCCUGUUGCUGCUGCAGUUGAAGCGUUUUUGUUUUGCUUUGAUUUUUAUUCAUGUGUAAGGAAAGCUGCUGCAGUGAUUUCACAGAUGAGAGACAGGCAAAGAAAUACAAGGAUCUACAAAGUUGCACAGUUAGUAGUAGGGCUCAAACUUGACAUCAGGAUCCUGACAUCUCAUAUCUCAGACAGUUUAAGGAUCAGUUUUGGUUUUCAAACAACUCCUUAUUUUUACAUUGGCUACUACUAUUUCUUAGCUAUUUGUACCCACCAUUCCCCUGGCCCAUAUCCAAAAAAGGUAAAAGUUUCAUUAAAGAAUUCCUAACAUUUAUAGUACAAAUAAAAAGCAU